UGUCGGCGACGAGUUCAAAUGACGCCAUGUUUGUUGUUUUCGUGAAAUUCGUGCGAACAAGAUAUCAAUUCAUGGCAGGUUCCGUAAUUUCGCUAAGGAUUCGUUCGUUCAUACUUUAGCUUGCGUGGAAUUGUUGUAUUCUUUGUGACAUUAACAUCUGUAGCUGUAGAUAUAGGCUUAGUAGACGAGAAGAAGACGUUUAUGUCGUCCCUUAUUUCAAACCGGGACUGCUCAACUUGAUCAUCAGGUUGUACAAAGACUUGGACUUAGAGAUUGAACUUUUUUGAAGAAAUCAAUAUGGGGAAUACUGGGCCUGGUGGACAGAAAAGACACAACUCUGGGGAUGACCCGCCUUCAUCUCCUGGUGUCGGAAGGACUAAUAGAUUAAUUUACCAACCAUCUAUGGAUGAAAGUGAUGAAUUCAUGCCUGGAUCACUGAGGGCAGCGACUUUAGGCCAAGAUAUUGACCUGACCACUCGAAUGCGUGCAGACUCCCUCAGCAAUUAUGUACGGCCCAAUAAAGAAAUUAGGUUACCCACUCCAUUUAAAUGGGAAGGUGGAGGAAAAGAAGUCUAUAUGUCAGGGAGUUUUGAUAAUUGGAAAUCAAAAAUACCUAUGGCAAAAAGCCACGGAGACUUUUUUGUGAUUAUAGACCUGCCAGAAGGCAUAACUGAGUACAAAUUUUUAGUUGACGGAGUAUGGUGUCAUGACAAAAAUGAGCCAACUACAACAAACAAUAUGGGGACAAAAAACAAUAUUAUGAAAGUGAAGAAGUCUGACUUUGAAGUGUUUGAAGCAUUAAAAAGUGAUGCAGUGGGAACGAAUGAAAGCAAAACCUCUAUGUCUGGGUCACCACCAGGGGAGUAUUGUCAAGAAGUGCCACAGAGAAAGCCCAAUGAAAAAGUUCCAGGUCCUCCUAUUCUGCCACCACAUUUAUUGCAAGUUAUUCUCAACAAAGAUGUACCAGCUAGUUGUGAACCAAAUCUGCUGCCAGAACCCAACCAUGUGAUGUUGAAUCACUUGUAUGCUCUUUCUAUCAAGGAUGGUGUAAUGGUACUCAGUGCAACCCACAGGUACAAGAAGAAGUAUGUGACUACAUUGUUGUAUAAACCAAUUUAAAUUGGGGACACUACAUGUAUAACCUAAUCAAAUGUUUUCUAGUGGCAAAAGUCAAAGACCACUGUUGUGAACAUGUGGAAAGGAGAGCUGCAGCAUAAUUAUGGUGCUGUAACCUAGACACUUCAAUAUAGCAUGUAUUCCAAAGCUGCAAAUUUGUAAAAAGCAGUUUAUAUAGACACAAAAAUUGCUUGAAAGCAUCUGUGUUAGUCGAGAUGUAAUACAGUUCAGUGAUAUUACCAAUAGUUACUGAUCAUUAAUGGAAGGUUUCCUAUGUGGAAAAAAGUAAGCAAUUAUUUUUCCCUUUUCAUCUGUUGUAAUAGUAUUGUACAAGAAUUUAGCACUAAAGGAUAUUUUAGUAUCAUGUAAAGAUAUCAAAAUAGGUUUUUAUUCAUCUCUUAUAUUUUAAGUUAAAAAUUUAAGAAAGUCAUAUUUGUAGAUUAUGGUGAAGGUUCCUAUUUGUAAUGAAGAAAUUGUAAUCGCCAUGUGAAAAAGUGAAAUGCAAAUUGAAAAGGAUUUAGUUAAUUCAACAGAUAUCUAUCACUAACAGCUGAAGAAUUUUAGACAGCUUGUAAGAAAAUUACAAACCAGGUUGACUGUUGAACAAUAAUUGUCAGUCUUUGUUCGUUUGAUUUGAUAUUAAUGGAUUGCCUGUGUAAUAAUAAUAUGCUAGGUCUUUUUGUGAAGUAAACGUUAAAUUUUCUUUAAAAGAAAUAUACAACUUUUAGAUUUCU